CUCUGCUGAGAGAGAAAGAGAGCGGGGGUGGAAUCAGCACGGUAGGAUGCUGUCAGGUUGCCGUGGUUUCAGCAUCUCUUUCCUUGUCGUCGGGGAUGUGUUUGUGUGCUGCUGAAGGGUGAGUGUGUGAGUGUGUAUAUGUGUGUGUGUGUGUGUGUGUGUGUGUGUGUGUGUGUGUGUGUGUGUGUGUGUGUGUGUGAAAGAGAGAGAGCUGUGAUUCCUACAGCUGUGAGGAUAACUGACAGAAGGAAGAGUGGAAGAGAGAGAGGAAGAGAGGAAGGAGGAAAGGAAGAGAGGAAGGACGGAGGUGUUGGAGGGUGGAUGUGGAUUAACGUUGCCGCAGCGAGUCAUUGUUUCCUGUGAGCUGCAGAGAUCUGGGAGGACGACAGGAAGAUUCAUUAUUCCAUCUUCAUUUCUGCACAGCUGAAGGAGGGAAGGACGGGGAACAGAAGGAGGAAGGAGACACUGAAGGACACAGUUAAGGAAGGAUGGAGGCAGUUUGAGUCCUCGCUGAUCCUCCGGUCUUUGGGAAGUUAUGACGUCUCAGGAAGACGCAUCUUCCUUCAGGAGGUUUUUUCAAUACGUGGAGGACAGCGGCCUUCGAACGUACGAUGGACUGGUGAUCCAAAACGCCUCCGACAUCGCCAGAGAGAGCGACCGCAUUCGCAACCAGACCAACUGGAACUACCUGCAGGAAAAACACCAGAAGAAGAGACGGCAGGAAGACGCCAUCAAGAGGAUUGGUGAAGAUGUUGCCAUGGCAACAGACGGGGCCUACUCUGGGAAACAUUUCAGGAUGGGUUUCAUGACGAUGCCGGCGCCGCAGGACCGUCUGCCCCCCCCCAGUCAGGGCUUCACCGUGCGGUCCCAGUCGCUGCACUCGGUGGGCGGAGCAGACGACGACUCCAACCCCAACAGGAAACAACCUCCGCCCAAACCCAAGAGAGACCCCAACACCAAGCUGAGCAGCAGCUCCGAGACGGUGGACGCCGGCGGCACCAAGAGAGACGCUCAAGAGACCAAAGAGACACCGGAGCAGGCAGAAGCUCGAGCUCUCUACAAUGAGGACUACAGAAAGAUGCCUCCACCCAAACCCAAAAGGAAUCCCAAUACUCAGCUCAGCACCUCCUUCGAUGACUCCUACAUCCGUAACCACGGCAACAGGAAGUCUUCCCUUCGAUGGGACAAGUCUUCGUCCCAGAGUCAGAGCCCGGCAUCGAGAGACACGGACGACGAGGAGCCAGUCUACAUCGAGAUGGUGGGAAACAUCCUGCGGGAGCUGAGCAGACAGGAAGCGGAGGACGAGCAGAGCGAGGCAGUGUACGAGGAGAUGAAGUACCCCUUGCUGGACGACUUCCUGCAGGAUCCCGCCGCCAUCUUGGACCCUGAUGCCUGGGCAGCCCGCAGCUCGCUCUGCGACAUCCCACCGCCUUUCCCCAACCUGCUGACGCACCGCCCGCCACUGCUUGUCUUCCCCCCCGCUCCUGCUCAGUGCUCCCCCAACUCAGACGAGUCCCCGCUCACCCCGCUAGACGUUACCCGGCUGCCCGUCAUGGACAACGUCUCAUACAGCAAGUCAGGCGGCGCCGAACCCCCGCAGAGCUCCACGCAGCACCGCAAGGAGAAGGACCGAGAACGAGAACGGGACAGAGACAGAGAUCUGCCCUCCACCCACACCAUCACGUCCUCUGGCCGCUCGUCAGCUCCUCCCCUCCCCUCCAAUCUCUACAAGUCUACUGGCUCCGCCCACAGUGGCCAUGGUUACCCCCGCAGCCAAUCAGCGUGUCCGUCUCCGGUCAGCAUGGGUCGCUCUCUGACUCCUCUGAGUCUGAAGAGACCUCCGCCGUAUGAUGCUCUGAUGGCCGGAGGAAGCAUGCCCCGCUCCUCCUCCUCCUCGUCUUCAUCCUCUCACAGGGCUGGGGAGGGAGGGGCUAGACUCAGUAACUCUUCCUCCACCCACGGCUCCAUGCAGAAUGUGGCAAUGAGGUCACAGACUCCCACCAGUCCAUUGGACGAACUCAACAACGUGUUUACGUCGGGUCGACCAGCACGAAAGAAAGGAGCAGGCAGGAAGAGCCGCGGCAGUGAAGGAGACUCCAGGUCUCUGCCUAGACACCGUAGUAAAGACAGAGACGGACAGUCUAGUCCAGUUUCCAGCCGGAUGGGUCGGUCGUCUGUCAGCCCGACCAUGAUGCUGUCCGGAGGAGAAUCAAAGAGUCCACUUGGCCGUUCGGCUUCGACGUCCGGAGUUCCUUCACCCCAACGCCAUCUACACCCCGCACUCAGCCAGGAUUCAUCUGAACAACAGAACGUAAAACGUUUAACAGGUGAACAGAAGCUUCCACCAUCAGCUGACUCAACUCUAAACAACUUUUAACAAGUUAACAAAGUGUUUUCUUACUUCCUAAUAUCAGUUUUGUGUAAAAUAUUUGGUGUUUAAAUGUUAUGUUGUAAAUGUUCUUUGUGUUUUGUGUUAUCAUGAACUCUGAACACAUUAAAAUAAUCUGUAGAUCUUUAAAGUGAAGUAAUAAUGUAAUACUAACAGUUACAUUACUGAUCUAACAUUAAACUAUCAUUAAACUAACAAUAAACAUAAAAUCAAACACUGAUUGAACUCACAAAAAAUCACUUUAAUAGAUUCAAUCUCAUUUAAACCUGUAUUAACACUAAUAAAGCUCACCUAACCCUAACUCCACCCGCCUCUCAUUAACCCCGCCUGUCGUCAUCUGCCUCCGUCCCUUAAUACUGUAGCCCUGCCUGUUUAUAGUUCCCCCACCAUGUGCAUCGUAGCCCAGCCCAUUCAAGGUUCCCCACCAUGUGCAUGGUAGCUCUGCCCGUUUAUGGUUCCCCAACACCUGCUUGGUGGCUCUGCCCGUUUAUAGUUCCCCCACCAUGUGCAUGGUAGCCCUGCCCGUUUAUAGUUCCCCCACCAUGUGCAUGGUAGCUCUGCCCAUUUAUAGUUCCCCCACCAUUUGCAUGGUAGCCCUGCCCGUUUAUGGUUCCCCCACCAUGUGCAUGGUGGCUCUGGCCCCAACGGUGCAGCGUUCACACUACGAGCGAUGAAGCUACAUAAUGGUCACAGCGCUGCAAGCUUCAUUUUCACAGUCAUCGUUGAAGUGUCUCGUUGGUGCUUUGCCGAG